AAGUAGUACUUGGGUUAUAUAAGGGAGACGAACACUGUGUUACGCCUCCGGGCUAGUACAGUGGUAACGUGCCGGCCUUUCAUUCGAGGGGUCGGCGGUUCGCGCCCCGCCCAGGCGCGAGAAGUUGCAAUUGUCGCCUGGAGGUUAAUGCUGUGGCUGGGCACCACGGUGGGUAAGGACUAAGCUCAUCCGAGUCAGCACCUGCUGACACACUGUUAGCGAGUCGACAUUAGUCGGCACAGGCCGGGCUCCCCCAUAGCACGAGCGAGGCUCAGCUUCGCAUAUCGGAGUUAUCCUUAUUUGGUGAACGACAGUAGCGUACAGUUAGUUAACACUGAAACAUAUUGUUGAUAAUACUCGUGCUGCGCUACGGUUUCGGAAAACCUUCAGAUGCUCCUCGAACGUAGAAGAAUGAACCAAAAUAUCGUCAAUGAAUGCUUCCACUUCCCUGAUGCCUUGCAACACUUGCCUCAUAACCCUGUUAAAUACAGUUGAGCCAAGAAUGUCUGCAAACGAGAGGAAAACCUACGACUUGGUGGUGGUCGGCGCGGGGAUGAUGGGCUCAGCGGCCGCUCGCCAUGCGUCGCUCAUUCCCGCCACUUCCGUGUGUCUCGUCGGGCCCGAGGAACCCAAGGAGCGCGAGGGCCGAGAGAUCUUCGGGUGCUGGUACGACGAAGGACGAGUCUACCGCCGCGUGGCCGAACUCCACACUUGGUCCGUCCUCGCCACAGAGUCCGUGGCCAGGUACUCGCAGCUAGAGGCGGAGACGGGUAUCAAAUUCCACACCGAGGUUGGUUACCUGCACGCGACGCCAGACACUCAAGAGUUCGAAGAUUUGAUGACAGUUUCCCGCCGCCAUGACCUGGAGGCGGAGGACAUCACGACUUCUUGGAAGACGAGAUUUCCUUAUCUCAACUUCGGCGAUGAUUGUCUGGUCUUUUGGGAGAAAAAUGCGGGCCACCUGAGUCCGCGUGACCUCGUCCGAGCCCAGCAAACAGCCGCCAGUCAGCACGGGGCAGACAUCUUGAGGGAUGUUGUGAUUGAAAUCAUACCGAGCGAUGCUGACGCACACAAGUGGGAGGUGAGAACGGAGGGCGGGCGUGUGGUGCAUGGGCGCCGUGUGCUGGUGGCCGUGGGCGGCUCUUCUGCCCUGCGCCCACUCUUCCGGCACGUGGCCCCGGAGCGGCUGCCGGACUUGCAGUUGAGGACGCAGACCGUGGCCUUUCUGCAUGUUGCGGAGGAAGAAGCUCAACGACUGAGGCAAGUUGACCUUCGACUGAAAAACGACAAGAAAGUCAACACAGCUGUGACGAAAGUUUAUGUCGUCAUUUAUUCCUUUUCUGAAUGACAUACUGGACAAUAUGUUAUUAUGUUGGUAUAUAUAAAGCAACUGGAAACAUAUAUUUAAGUUGAUGGUUAGUAGCUUGUACAGAUGCACAGAAUGUACGUGUGUGU